UCUUUGCUCCCCACAAUCCAUAACAAAAACCUCUGGUUUUAACAGCAUGAGAGGAUAAAAAGCACUGUUCCCCACUUAUAUCCCAAUCUCAUCUUUAUUGCUAAUGCACAUAUGCACAUCUUGUGGACCUCACACAAAAACCUCCAAAACUCCCUCAUCAUAUAAAAUUAUGCCUAGAGUUAUUCAUUAUCCUAAACUUACCCUCCCACUACUCUCAAUCAUUCCAAACCCCUUUCAUCUCUUUGCAUCUUGAUAUAGCCCCCCUUCUUGUUACAUAUUACUGUCCAUAUUAUUCCACAGUUCACCAUAACUUCUCAAACUUGCACCAUGUCCAUAGCAGGCCUCAUGGACCCAGAAAUUAAUCACAACAAGUCCUUCCACCGCAGGAACGAUUCUGGUGAGCUUGAUGUGUUUGAGGCAGCAAGGUACUUCUCAGGAUACAGUGAAGUUGUUGGCUACACUGGCUCCACCUUCACUCAGAAGAUCAUGAGAGAAGAAAGACAUCAUGCACACAGAGCCAGAAUCAGCUUAGACAUGCCAAUGAGAAGCUUGCUUCCCCAACAAUUCCAUGGCAUGGAGAAGCAAAUCAUGAAGGAGAAGAAACACAAGCAGCCUAGCUCUCCAGGUGGAAGGCUUGCAAGCUUCUUGAACUCUCUCUUCAGCCAAUCAGCAUCAAAGAAGAAGAAAUCAAAAUCCAGCUCUCAGUCCAUGAAAGAUGAGGACGAGAGCCCUGGAGGGAGGAGGAGGAGGAGGAGCAGCAUUAGCCAUUUCAGAAGCGCCAGCACUGCAGAUUCAAAGUCCUUAUACUCUUCCUUAAGUUCAGGGUUCAGAACUCCUCCUUAUGUACAAACACCAACCAAGAGCUGCAAGGAAUUCAGAACCUUCUCAGACCACAAGCAUGCACAGUUAUUGUCAGCAAAGUAUAAUAAUGGACAUGCAAGAUCAACAACCACUUUGCAAAAUGAGUUGUGGGAUGAGAAGAAAAAAAGGGAACCAACAACAACUUUGAUGGAUGAUAACAGGCACAAUCACAAACACAAACACAUGAAUGGUUUAUCAUCAUCAGAGAAACAAAGGAACAAGGGAAGUCAUGAAUCAGUUGAGAAAGAUAGGAUGUUAGUGGAGAAGUACUCAGCAGAGGAAAAGGAAAUCUCUCAAAUCAGGAAGUUCAAUGAGGUUGAUGAUGGUGCAGAAAGUGAUUCAAGCUCUGAUCUGUUUGAAUUGCAAAACUAUGACUUGGGAUACUAUUCAAGUGGUCUACCUGUCUAUGAAACUACCAACAUGGAUAGCAUCAAGAGAGGAGCACCAAUUUCCAAUGGCCCUCUGUGAUGGUGUAUAAUAUUCUCUUCCUUCUUUAUUGGUUGGUUCAUGUUGAACUAGCAUGUUAGAAGCUAUCAAAAGGAAAAAUCUAUUAGAUUUUGCCUGUUUCCCGCUGGGUUUCAUUUCAACUUCUUUCAAUACUUUUUUCUCUGUGUGUACAGAUUGGAAUGUUGGCUUGUCUUAUCUAAUUUUAUCUCAUGUCUUUUCCUUUUGGACCUUUGUUUUAGAGUGCAAAAACAAAACAAAAUUUUAUGCUCUCCAUUACUGUCUUCACCAUAUUCUUACCGUGAUUUUAGGUUUAACAUUUAAUCAAGAGUUUAGUUGCCAAUUCUCCCACAAUCA